AUGGCUGUCGCAGAGCAUCGUGAGGUUGAGAUCCGAAGGCUUGGGAAACGAGAGUUGGGUCGACAUGCAUUCGAAGAUCGCAUGCCCGAUCGCAUAGCAGAUCUUAUCAGCAAAGAAGGUGAACGAAACCGAGUUCGUAAUGUAAUUCCCAAGCUUGCGCAGCAUCUCCAGCAGGAUUCAGACAACGGAUAUGCGUACUUGUGCACGACAGGCGUCGUGCAGGUUCACAAGCUCAAGAAUGAAGGCGGGCAUUUUUGCGGGUACCGGAAUAUUCAAAUGCUUCUUUCUUGCCUUCCCGGCUUGAUACUAAGUUUGGGACCAAGUAUCUCACUUGACAAGUGCAGUAUCUUCGAUAUCCAGGAAGUGAUCGAAAGCGCGUGGGAUGCCGGAUUUAACCUGCACGGCCGCAUUGCGACUGGAGGCAUUCGAGGGAGCAGGAAACAUAUUGGGACACCUGAGGCAGAAGCCCUCAUGUUGAGUCUCCAUAUCCCAUGCACAGGACAUGCUUUCGAGGGCAGAGACGCAUGGCACGAGUUGCUCGACUUCGUAGAGAAGUACUUUUCGCAGGCCAAUGACAAUUCAGGAUCGAGUAUUGUCUGUCAAACUGGUCUCAUGCCGCUGUUUUUCCAACGAUCUGGACACAGCAUGACUAUCGUCGGCCUCCAGAAGACUCGAUCAGCAAAGCGUUCGUUGCUGGUUUUCGAUCCAGCCUGGCAAGCUCCAUCAGCGAUACUGGGGCCGGAAGAUGUCAAUGCACAGUCUCGUUGGAAACGACACCGGACUCUGAAGAUUUAUCGCAAAUCUGAACGAUACUUGAAGCGCUUCAGCGGAUUCGAGAUCCUGGAGAUUCGGGUGCCCGGAAAGCUCGACGCGUGA